UUGAUGACAGCGAGGUAUGGUCGGAGAACAGGAUAGAAAGAGAGGGUAAAAGAGGGAGACGAGAGAAGGUUUCCUCUUGGGGAGAAGACAAUGGCGGAUCAAUACCUGUUGGGAGCCGUCGUCGCUUCGAUCCUAGGGUUCCUCCUCCUGCACGUAGGGUUCCAUGGCUGGAAGGGGAGGGCGCGUCGUACUGCUGGAAAGUGUGGUUCCGGCCCGGUGGUCCCCGGAGACGGGGGAACCGAAGUUAUCAUCGUGGGUGCCGGCGUUGCCGGCUCUGCCCUCGCUUACGCGCUGGGGAAGGAUGGUAGACGUGUCCAUGUCAUCGAGAGGGAUUUGUCUGAGCCUGACAGAAUUGUUGGUGAACUUUUGCAACCAGGAGGCUACCUAAAAUUGUUAGAGCUAGGCCUUGAGGACUGUGUCGACGAAAUUGAUGCUCAGCGAGUCCUUGGUUAUGCUCUUUUUAAAGAUGAUAAAAGUACCAAACUCUCAUACCCUUUGGAGAAAUUCCAUUCAGACAUUGCUGGGAGGAGCUUCCAUAAUGGGCGUUUCAUCCAAAGGAUGAGAGAGAAGGCAGCGUCCUUGCCUAAUGUUCGGUUGGAACAGGGAACCGUGACAUCCUUGAUUGAAGAAAAUGGAACAGUCAAGGGGGUAGUCUACAAGACCAAAUCUGGUGAAGAAUUCAAAGCUCUUUCACCUCUUACAAUUGUAUGUGAUGGCUGCUUUUCGAAUCUGAGGCGCACACUCUGCUCUCCUAAGGUGGAUGUACCUUCUUGUUUUGUUGGUUUGGUUCUAGAGAACUGCCAACUUCCUUUUCCGGAUCAUGGGCAUGUUAUCUUAGCAAAUCCUUCACCAAUAUUGUUUUACCCAAUUAGUAGCACUGAGAUUCGCUGUUUGGUUGAUGUACCUGGACAGAAGGUACCUUCUAUUGCUAAUGGUGAAAUGGCAAAUUAUCUGAAGACGAUGGUGGCACCUCAGGUUCCAACCGAACUGCAUGAUUCUUUUGUAGCGGCCAUUGACAAGGGAAGCAUUAGAACUAUGCCAAACAGAAGCAUGCCAGCUGCUCCUCAUCCAACAGCUGGUGCCCUCUUGAUGGGCGAUGCAUUUAAUAUGCGCCAUCCUCUGACCGGAGGAGGAAUGACAGUGGCCUUGUCUGAUAUAGUCGUGCUACGUAAUCUUCUUAAGCCUCUACAUGAUCUUCAUGAUGCUGCCGCUCUCUGCAAAUACCUGGAAUCCUUCUACACUUUGCGGAAACCGGUUGCUUCUACAAUAAACACUCUGGCAGGCGCCUUGUACAAGGUAUUCAGUGCAUCACCCGAUCAAGCUAGGAAUGAAAUGCGACAAGCCUGUUUCGAUUAUCUGAGCCUUGGAGGUGUUUUCUCAAGUGGGCCAAUUGCUUUACUCUCUGGUCUUAAUCCCCGCCCCCUGAGUUUGGUUGCGCACUUCUUUGCCGUUGCUAUCUAUGGAGUUGGCCGUCUAUUGUUGCCCUUUCCUUCGCUGGAGAGAUUGUGGAUUGGAGCUAGACUGAUUUCUGGUGCAGCAGGUAUCAUUUUCCCGAUUAUUAAAGCAGAAGGCGUCCGGCAAAUGUUCUUCCCUGCUACUGUCCCUGCAUAUUAUAGAGCUCCUCCUGUUAAUUGAAACAGUGGAAAAUGUUUGUGCCCAUAUACGGAGUCAAAUCUGUAGCAUCUUUGCCCUUAUCACAUGUGCCAUGUUAAAUUUUCAUUUAUGGGAAUGCAAGUGAUGUUUGCUACUGGUCUAGUAAGCCGAGAUUGCUGGGAAUUGUACUGUAAUUUUGACUAGCUUUUGUGGUUUAUCUCAACCCAACAUCAACUCAGUUGCACUUUGACUC